UCGAUCGAACAACGGUCCUCGUCGCCACUCGCCAUCUGCCAUGGCGGCCCGUCCGAUCCACUUGAGCAAGACGAGACGAGACGACCUACUGUAGCGAGUCCACAAGCGUCGCUGUGUGGCCGGAAUCUUUCGCCGGCCUACGGCUAGCCGCCCACUCCACACCUCGUGGCCAAUGGAUCCACCCAUCAGCCGCGCACCGCCAUGCCACCGCGGCCUCACGUAGUACCACGGACGACGCCCCGUCAUGUGAUCGCGACGUCGAUCGCAUGACGGCACUGCGCUCGUCGCCCGCACGGUCCUUCACGGGUAAGCCAGCCCCAGAUCGGUGCAACAAGACAAAUCGCCGUGUCGACCGCCCGUCCGAUCACCUUCGCCGCCAAGAAACCGAUCGUGAGUCGGUCCACCAUAAGUAGGGUCGUGGUCUCGCCUUGAUCACCACCAGUUAUUUGCUUCCAUUUCGUCUCAGUUCUGGGUUCUGGCCGGCACGGAGAGAAUAGAUAAAAAGAGAAGAAUUCGAGCUAGUCCGCCGGAGAUGCGAGGGGUGGAUGGGGCAUCGGCGGCGGCGGGGGUGUGGGGCGGGCUCAACUCCGGGGUGGUGCUCAGCAUCAUCGCGGUGCUGUGGACGGUGGUGUGGCAGAACCUGCAGCACCUGCAGCUGCAGCACUUCGUCAAGCGCAACCUCGGCCGCCACGCGCGCCGCCUCGCCGCCCUCGUCGACCCCUACCUCUCCGUCACCAUCGCCGAGUACGACGGCGGCCGGAUGCGCCGCGCCGAGGCCUUCGAGGAGGUCAAGGCCUACCUCGCCGCGGCCACCUCACGCAGCGCGCGCCACCUCCGCGCCGAGGGAGCCCCGGACGCCGACCGCCUCGUGCUCAGCAUGGUCGACGGCGAGGAGGUCCCCGACCAGCUGUUACCCGAGGAGGGCAGCGGCGCAGUCUUCUGGUGGGCCUCCUCACGCCCGGCGCCGCCGCAGGACCGGCGCUGGGGCGGCGGCGGGGGAGGCGGGGACGAGGAGAACCGCCGCUUCUACCGCCUCUCCUUCCUCGACCGCCACCGCGAGCAGGUCCUCAACGCCUACCUCCCGCGCGUCCGCCGCCAGGGCCGCGCCGUCAUGGUCCAGAACCGCCGCCGCAAGCUCUUCACCAACAUCUCCUCCCACCAGUUCAGCGACGGCGGCUACGCCCGCUCCGCCUGGACGCACGUGCCCUUCCAGCACCCCAAGACGUUCGCCACGCUCGCCAUGGACCCGGCCAGCAAGAAGGAGGUCAUCGACGACCUCGACGCCUUCAAGGCCGGCAAGGAGUGGUACGAGCGCGUCGGCAAGGCGUGGAAGCGCGGCUACCUGCUGCACGGCCCGCCCGGGACGGGCAAGUCGGCCAUGAUCGCCGCCAUGGCCAACCACCUGGACUACGACGUGUACGACAUCGAGCUCACUUCCGUGCACUCCAACACGGACCUCCGCAAGCUCUUCAUCGGCACCACCAGCAAGUCCAUCAUCGUGAUCGAGGACAUCGACUGCUCCCUCGACCUCACCGGCGCGCGCCCCAAGAAGAAGGACGCCGCCCCAGAGGACGAGGACAAGGCCAGCAAGGGCGACAAGAAGGGCGCGGCGGACGCGAGCAGCAAGGUGACGCUGUCGGGCCUGCUCAACUUCAUCGACGGGCUGUGGUCGGCGUGCGGCGGCGAGCGGGUCAUCGUGUUCACCACCAACCACCUGGAGAAGCUGGACCCGGCGCUCAUCCGGAGGGGCCGCAUGGACAAGCACAUCGAGAUGUCCUACUGCCGCGGGCCGGCGUUCGAGUUCCUCGCCAAGGCCUACCUCGGUGUCGACGAGCACGAGCUGUUCGGCACCGUGGGCGCGCUGCUCCGGGAGGUGGACAUGACGCCGGCGGACGUGGCCGAGAACCUGACGCCCAAGAGCGGGGACGACGAUGCGGACUCGUGCCUCAGGGGGCUGGUGGCGGCGCUGGAGAAGGCCAGGGAGGACAAGGCCAGCGGCGGCGGCCAGGAGAAGCAGCCGGAGGAAGAAGACGGGGGAGUGGUUGCCGCCGUUGACAAGGAGUGAUCGAUGGAGCGAGUGAGUCAGAGUAGCUCAGGAUCAGAAUAUCAUGAUGUCAGACACAUUUUCUCUAUUUGUUAUUGGAGAUGACGUUUAUUUCUAGCAAGUAAUGAUGACGCUUAGAAUAAUCAGAUUGGAUGUUGGCGGGAA